AUCGGAAUAUUUCAUGAAAUUUUGCAUCCUCGGGCCGAUCAAUGCGGAGAGCCUGAGAGAGAAGAGAGAUGAGAGACCAAAAUUGUGGGAGAAAAACAGAAGAGAGGCCAGUCUGCUAGCUCUUUUCGUCGCGCUUUGAAGUGCUCGUCUCUUCGGCAAAAGAGUGUGCGUUCCGUGGAGUCACGAAAGAGAGUGGGAUCACGUCUCUCUGGGAGUGGGGAGACCACAAGUCCGAAUCUCUCGGGGUUUUUCAGAAGCCGAGAAGGAAAAAUAUGCAUCCCGUCUUUGGGGUGGUUCAGUGUGAAAAUACCCGUCCGUGGAAUUGGUACGUGAUUGUACCAUCGUACGCGUGUGCUCCUCAAAUGUCGUCUUAUAAACUGUUAUGUAAAAUACGAACAUAAAUAAAUGAUUCAGUGUCAAUGACCCGAUCGUGAUGAGAAGAUUGAGAGAAAAUAAGUGAUAAAUUUGGGCCUUUUUCUUCCAUCCCAAAAAAUAAAAACCCACAAUUAACUUUCGAAGGAACAGACGAGAGACUGAGUGUGAUCCAGGAGACCCGGAGGAAUUGGUGCGGACAUCAACGCCAUCCUUUUGUGAGGUUAUCUUGUGGGCCCCACAAGAGCCGCGCGGAGGACAAAACCCAGCGCCGUCCGGAGGAGGCUGAAGAAGCGCCAAGUGAACUGCUGUGGCAGCCACGGGAGACGUUCUUCACACACUUAUAAUCAGCGAAGGUCGGACGUUUUAGUGGCGAGGACGAAGCGCCUGGGAGGCGUAUAAUUUAUGUGAAAAAUGAUGUGUAAAUUGUGUGUGUUUCUGGUAAAUGCGAAGAAGUGAAUGGAUGAGGCAGUGGAGGACCCUAGAUUGGAUUCUAGUGGUCCUCCUUGUGAUUCACGCAGCGAGAAUCUCUCUGGGUGCCGCAAUAGCCACCAACCUGGAUACAUCUCCAGGUACCGAUGAGCUCAUUGCUCGGCGCACCCUUGACUACACAAUCUUCACCGUGCGCGACCGAAUGCCCAAGAUCUGGCGUCUCUUGCUUCAGAAUACGUCUGUGCAGGAGUCACCAUCUGUUAUGCAGAAUCUCCUCCGGGAGCGCCAUCAGACGCGUGAAGUGUUUGUGUUUGGGGACUCAGGGGCUGGCAGUGGGACCAUUCUGUCGCGUACGUAUCGAAGUGUGGCUGAACGGCGUCGGAGACGACGUCCCGGUGAUCCUCAGGCCUUGUCUGUGCUGGAACGCAAUCAGAGAUCGGCCAAUUUGUCGUACGCGAUGGGAUCAGCCAGAAAAAUUCAGCUGUACAUCAGGAAUCGGUGUCUGCAGCUCUUGCCAGAUGGAACAGUCAACGGGACACACAAUAUCUACAGCGACUACACAAUUCUCCAGAGAACGACUGUAGAUGUGGGGAAGGUUAAAAUCCAAGGCGUCGCAACAUGCCUCUAUCUCUGCAUGGAUAUGUGCGGUGGAAUUUAUGCUUCGAGAAAGUUCAGCGAUGAUUGUGUCUUCAAUGAAUCAAUAGAGGAACAUCACUAUAAUGUCUAUUCCAGUUCAUACAACUCCAAUUCCAGCCGCGUGCUCUAUUUAGCCAUCAAUCGCCAUGGGCAGCCAAGGAGGCUGCAUAUCUCACCGACGAGAUCUCUGGGGAAUUUGGCACAACAUACCAAUUCCCUGACGCACCUCGUGGAUCCCAAGAGGGUGGAUGAUCUUGUAUCGAGGGUAUUUGGACCGAAUUACAUUAAGCACGGUCUGAAGCAAUUGUGUGAUUCGGAGAAGGCCCCUGAGGGUCCUACGGUGUCGCAGCCCAAGUGCAAUAUGGAGAAGAAGAAGCCCAAUAAGGGUGGAAAGGGGGGUGGUGGCAGAAAGAAAAAGGGCAAGGGUAAGAAGUCCAAUCAGGGUGCCAAAGGGCGUUUCAAGCAGAAAAAUAAGAAACAAGGACGUAACAAGGAUGUUGAACAUCCUACAACAACAGAAUCCGAUGACACAGAUGAGAGAACUUUCGCCUUCGAUGACGAAUGAAAUCCUCUUUUGCUCCAAGACGACAACAAAAUAGGAGAGAGAGAGAUUUAAAAAGUAAAAAAAAAAAACAGAAAUCUAUCAAUAUGUGAUGCAUGUGGCCUUCCGAAUAAUGUCCCCCAGACAGUCUCCCCUCGGGAUUUUAUACGACAUUCGAGGGGAGAAAAAUGAGUCAGUGUAUUUAUAAAAAAAGAGUUACAACGAUUAAUGUAAAAAAUGCAAUGUCCUACAUUUGCAAAAUGCCAAUUCAAUCUAAUUGUCUCUUAGAUAUUCCUUUCUUUUAGAUUUAUUUUAGUCUUUUUUAGAAGUCCGUCCACGAGACAUAAAUAGAAGUCAUUUCCAUUAUCAUGACCUCACGCAAUUUCUUUUGCAUUUUAUCACUGGGGGGUGUGUCAAUUGAAAUGGCCGAGUACAUUGUAAUAUUUUUGUUGCUGCUAAGAUUAGUAUUCCUUUUAUUGCUCGCAGUGCCAGUUUUUUUACAUCUUCUUUUGCUCUUGUUUAUAAGUAAAAGAACAUUUUAUUGAAAUGCCGCUGGUGAUAUAAUCACAUUAUUCCCAUAAAAGGAAUAAUAUUUAGUCGAAAAGAAUAAAUUUCAGUACGAAACAGAUUGAAAUCAAGUCGUCAUGAGAUUUUGGCUAAGUCCGGGAAUUUCAAGUGAAUAAUUCUUUCUAAUUUACUGAUUUUUUUUAUACUGAUUUGAAACUAUAAUUGUUUUUAUCGGGUAUAUCCUACACUGUGAAAAAAAAGAGGGUGCGAUUAACUUUUGUUCCUCAUAACUUUAACACUUUUUAUGUGUAAAAAUAUAUCAACAUUUUUUAAUGUUAAUUCUACACCUUUUUAAGUGUAAAAUUAACAUGAAAAAAGGUGACUUUAACCCCUAAUAAGCCUAAAAAGGGUAAUAUUUACACCGAUUUCGGAUCAAAAAUGCUGGGUAAAAUUAACACUUCCGGAAUGUUAUUUUAACUUUUUCGUAUUUCUCUCAGUGUGCUAUGAUUAGUAUUCUUUUUAUUGCUUACAGUGCCAGUUUUUUUUGCAUCUUCUUUUGCUCUUGUUUAUAAGUAAAACAACAUUUUAUUGAAAUGCCGCUGGUGAUAUAAUCACAUUAUUCGCGUAAAAAGAAUAAUAUUUAGUCGAAAAGAAUAAAUUUCAGUAUACACCAUAUUAAAAUCAAGUCAAUGGAGAUUUUGGCUCAAUCCGAGAAUUUCAAGUGAAUAAUUCUUUCUAAUUUACUAAUUUUUUAUUCUGACUUGAAACAAUAAUUGUCUUUAUCGCGUAUAUCCUAUAUAACUAAUAUAGGUGCCUAAUAGGAAAGUGACCUUUGACUAAAGGCAUUGACUAACGUGGGCUUUAGAUUUACAGAAAUUACAAACUCUACGUACACGUUUCACUGAAAUAACUUACUGAGAUCAUACAAUUGACUAAUCUAUUAUAGUAAUUUCAAUCACCACCAGAGGCGCUGAUCCUAGUAAGGAGACCUUUCAUUUCAAUUUGUCAGCUGUCUCUGUCAAAUCAAUAAUCUACCUGGCGAUUUUACUUGGAGGUUUUUUGAAUUGUAACGGUAUAUUCCCGAAUAUUCAGCAAAAAUCGGUAGAUUUUCGGCAAAAUUUCUGCUAGAAAAUCUGUAGAUUUUCGGCAGAAUUUCUGCUAGAAAAUCAGUAGAUUUUCGACAAAAUUUCUACCUAGAAAAUCUGCAUAGUGUUCAUUAUACUUCACAAAAAUAUUGUUGAUUUAUGAAGAAACUGUAGAAGUUAUAAAGAAAAUGGUGUGUUUUGCUUAACAAACAUUACCAAAUAAA